AUGGACACCGGGGCGUUAUUGGAAGCAUUUCAAGAUUUUGAGAAGAAAGAAAAAAGGGAUAUCAACCCAUUAUUGGAACAAUUUUUGUGUCAUGUGGCCAAGACAGGAGAAGCAAUGAUUCCAUGGUCACAAUUUAAAUCCUACUUCAUGUUUAAGAUGGAGAAAGUCAUUGAUGAUUUUCAUUCCUCGACACCUGAGCAGAGAAGCCCGCACAAUCCUAAUGUAGAGCAGGUUUCUUUCGAGGAGAUGAAGAAGAGGAUAUUAAAAAUAGUUGACAGCUUGAAUGGAAUCCCAUUCACCAUUCAGCGUCUGUGUGAGCUGCUCACUGACCCCAAGCGAAACUAUACAGGAACAGAUAAGUUUCUCAGGGGUAUAGAAAAGAAUGUAAUGGUGGUCAGCUGUGUCUACCCUCCAUCUGAGAAAAAUGGGACAUCCAGUUCUAAUCGAAUGAAUGGGGUGAUGUUUCCUGGUACUGCUUCUGUACACUCAGACAGCAGAAAUGUGAAUGGACCAAGCAUGCCAAAACAGCUCAACAGGCCAAAGAUUUCUUUGUCUCCAUCGACGCUUUCUACCAAUGGUCUCCCUGAGUGUGCAGUCAGCAAGGAGCCAGAGCCCACUCCAGAGCAAGAGCCGGCGCGCUGUGUCAGCGCCGACCCUUCACUAUUAGGGGGUGAUGUCACUCACAGUCGGACAAAGAAUCGACACACUGAUGAAGAAGAGCUAGAGGACGAUUCUGACGCUGAAAAGCACAAGAGCAAGAGGCUAAAGGUCAACGAAAAGCAAGAGGAUAACGACACAACCACUGAAAACAAGGAAUCCUCAUGUAAAGGCACACAGAAAUCAGCGGCGAGUGAAUCAUCAGAAAGCUCAUGCAAUCAAGAAUACAAAAGUGAAACAUCUUGUCGCACAAAGUCCAUUAUAGAUGAUCCAGGGCCAAUUAGUGCACCAACAGAAGCGUGUGGAAAGGAGGCGGAUGAGAAGGAGAACUCCUACUGUGACAGCACUGUUCAUCAAUUGCAGCGACAGCUGAAGGAGAAUACGCUCUCUGAGCGUAACACUGGUGAAAGCAGCAGUAGCAGCGAUGGAGACCGCCUGCCCAGCGUCAAACUGGCCCUCUCAUCUGUCAAUUCACCAAACUUGUCAACAGGGGGCGAUGCAGACAAUUCAAACUGCACAAAGACUAAACUCGAGCCUGGGGAAAGUGACUAA